GUCCUGUCAUUCUACAGCCAACUGUAGAACAUCUCUUCAAUUUGUGCCCACACGCUGUUGCAAUCAAUCAACCAACCAAAGUACGGACUUAACAGUCAUGAUGUCGAGCAGCAAGGGGUUAUCCAUUUAUCAAGACCGAGGUGACUCGCCAUGGACGAACAAUCUCAGAUGAGAAGGCCAGCCAGGGACCUUGAAAAGGAUGGUCCUUCAUUGAUGCCUGUCGAGUUGGACGAUGACUCUACGCCCACCGGCACCUCGAAAUUGAGACGCCAGAUCAAGAACCUCGAACACAGCUUGGCCCACUACAAUCUUGAGGCACGCGGUAUCCAUCGCGUCAUGCCGAAUGAGCGUCACAGUUUGAGAAAUCUGGGCUACUCCCAAGUGGGUCUGCUCUGGUUCAGUGUAAAUCUCGCUGCCAACAACAUCACCCUCGGAAUGCUCGGUCCAGCUGUCUACUACCUCUCCUUCCUGGACUGCUCCCUUUGCGCCGUCUUUGGCAUGCUUGUCGGAUGUCUUCCAGUAGCGUACAUUGCUACCUUUGGACCCGUCAGUGGUAACAGAAGCAUGGUCUUCGCUCGCUACACCAUGGGUUGGUAUCCUGCCAAGCUGGUUGUUGUUCUCAACAUAAUUGUCCUGCUCGGGUACUGCUUGCUCGAUGCUGUUAUUGCCGGACAGAUUCUCUCUGCCGUUUCGCCCAAUGGUUCGCUCUCUGUCAUCGUCGGCAUCGUAAUUGUUGCUGUUUUGACCUGGGGCAUCACUAUCUUUGGAUAUAGUGUCUUCCAUCUCUACGAGCGUUACGCAUGGCUCCCACAACUUGUUGUCUUGUCUGUACUUGCUGGUGUUGCUGGCCCGAAAUUUGAUCUCGAAACUCCUUCCAGCGGAGACACUCUGACCAUCAUUGGUAACCGCUUGUCCUUCUUCAGUCUCUGUCUCUCUGCUGCAAUUACGUACGCAGGUGGAGCAGCCGAUUUCUUCGUCUAUUACCCAGAAGAGACUCCUCGCUGGAAGAUUUUUACCGUCACUAUGUGCGGUCUGGCCUUGUCCUUCACCUUCGCCUUCAUGGUUGGAAUUGGUCUGGGCUCAGGGAUUGCAGCCAAUGCAUCUUGGAGCGAUGCAUACAACGUGUCGCAAGGUGCUCUUAUCGUUGAAGGCUUUGCUCCUCUGGGUAGCUUUGGCAAAUUUUGUGGCGUGGUUGUAGCACUUGGCUUAAUCGCCAACAUGAUCGCUCCGACCUACAGUGCCGGCAUGGAUUUCCAAGUCCUUGCUAAAUGGAUGACUAUCGUUCCCAGACUUGUUUGGAACACGUUGGGCGUUGUCAUUUACACUGUAUGCGCUAUUGCUGGUCGUGGAAGUCUUGCAGUCAUCUUCACCAAUUUUCUUGCGCUCAUGGGGUACUGGGUUUCUAUCUGGAUCGCGAUCAGUCUCGAAGAACACAUCAUCUUCCGUGUAGUGGGAGGUCUGGGAUUCAAUUGGAAUGCUUGGAACGAUAGGAGCAAGCUGCCUAUUGGCAUUGCCGCAAUCAUCGCCUUUCUUGUUGGUUGGGCCGGAGCUAUCCUCUGUAUGGCACAGGUUUGGUAUAUUGGCCCUCUUGCGAAGCAGGUUGGAGAAUACGGUGCUGAUAUGGGAAACUAUGUCGGAUUCGCGUGGGCAGCUCUUGUCUAUCCACCUCUCCGAUGGUUCGAGCUCAAGAGAUUUGGUCGUUGAAGGGUUCCUGUAUACCUUACUAGAGCGGCUCCCCAAUUGAGCACGUGGUCAUUUGUUCAACACUUGCAGAAGGAGAAUUGUCAGAUUCAACACACCCUCUGGCAGACAGAAUAGAUUGUUUAAGCAAAAGUUGUGUUUGGCGUACCCACCACGUCCCGAUCCAACUCGUUGAUUUCAUUGUGGUCCGAUGCUCGG